CAAAGAGGCAAGCUCCAGGCAGGGGCUGCCAGCAAGCAGGCUUCUCUCGAUGGGUACAACAGUGCUGUAAAGCUGACAAACAGAGUUUGGCUUCACUUGAAGGUGUGAAAAGAACAGCCUGACUCUGAGAGGCAAAAACAAGAUAAGCGCCUUGCAGGGGCCCUUAACUGACUGCUGGGUUCGAUGGUUCAAAGAGAAAAAGCACGUGAUGACUUUGAAGGAGGCUGCCUGGCUGAGCUGAUCGGAUCACCUAGAGACUGGAAAUGCUUUCUGGCAGUGCCUGAGCCUCUACUGGGUGUUCAACACUGGCUGCAUUUAUGGAGACCACAGACAAAAGAUGGAAAGAGCCUCCACCGGCAUGGGGAUCAGGCAUGGGGCAAACACAGGAGACAAAACAGUCUGAAGUCACCUGCCCUGUCUGGACAUUCCAUAGACUACCACUUUUACCCACGACUUCGAUGUGGCAUGCUCAUUGGACCAGAUAAGCAAGCAGUGGCAAGUGGAUUGGAGGUCUUGGUAACCAGUUCAACCAAAAUCCUGGGACAGCUGUUCCCUGAUGCGGCACACUUCCUAGAAGAAGCAAGUGAAUUUAAAGCGGAGUGAACUGUAGGCGAGUUCACGACCAAAUCUGUGAUGCUUUCCCCAGAUCUUUCUUCAGGGCCAACACAUCCAUUGCUCAGCUGU